CAACAUGCCCCGCUUCGCCGCCUCGCCGGUGGUAUCCGCGUGAUUCUCGGGCGCAUCCAAUGUCCCGCACUCGCGUUCCGGGCAUGAUCCUCGCAAGCGCACGGCGAGCCGCUCGCCCUAUGCCUCGGUCUCGAUGCACCGCAAAUUGAAAUGGAUUUUGAGUGGUUAAAACGAGCCGAUUGGAAACCGGUUUCACGGUGGGGGCGCGCCCCCAACUUUUAACCAGCCCAGCAACUGCGGAGACAUCUCGUUCGAGCUGAAAUACAAAAAUGGAUGAAAUUCGCUGUUUUAAUUAUGGUUCGAUCAAAUAAAUGUACACAAUUUUUUUGAUAAUCUCGUUCCGCCGGGUCGAAUACUCUCUAACCUCUCAUUUCUUGCGCCUUUUACAAUAAUUAUGGUGAUAGAGACAAAACAUUCUUCGAAGAAUAAUAGUUUUUUCGCGCGUAUAAUUACGUCUCAAGAGGGUUAAUUAAUUUGAAUGAUCAGAUUAAGUCGUACAAUUCCUUCACAUUUUUGCAUCAAUUAAUACCUGUAAUUCAUAGCGAGUCGCUAUUUCGGGGGAAAAAUGACUAUUGAGACUGUUGAAUCGAUAAUUAAGUAGUGCGAUGAGAAUUUAUUUUCGACGUGCGAUCUGAAGUUGACGACAGUUUCUUAAAGUUUAGUUUUGUUGAUCAGAUUUUUGGGUUUCAGUAUGUUGCGCUGGGUCGUUCGUUGUUUUUUGUUUUUAAAAACGACGAGAUGAUCGUGGUUUGAUGGGAAAACCCGAAAUGAUUUUUUUGAAGUGGUGUUGGUGCAUCCAGUAUUCGUUACCAGGUUCCUGAGAAUCCAACGAGCAACCAGUUUCAGAUUAACAACUCUGACUGGAUCUUUUAUCAUGAUCUUUGGAGGUUACAAUGGCACGAGCUUAGUAGAAAACGAUACAUGGCAAGCCAACGGUACUGAAGAAGAUACGCUCACAACGCUCUCUAUCGUCCUCGUCGGAUUUUUAAAAUCAAGGACAUUCCUGUUGCUCCUGAUCUUCCUGUCGAUCGCCGGGAACAUCCUGGUGUGCGUGGCCAUCUACACGGACCGGGGCCUCCGGCGGAUCGGGAACCUCUUCCUGGCCUCGCUGGCCAUCGCGGAUCUCUUCGUGGCCGCCCUCGUCAUGACGUUCGCCGUCGUCAACGACCUCCUCGGCUACUGGAUCUUCGGCGAGCAGUUCUGCGACACCUGGAUCGCCUUCGACGUCAUGUGCUCCACCGCCUCCAUACUCAACCUCUGUGCCAUCUCGCUCGACCGGUAUAUCCACAUCAAGGAUCCUCUCAGGUACAGCCGAUGGGUGACGAAGCGAGUGGCCUUCGGGAGCAUCGGCUGCAUCUGGCUGUUGGCGGCCCUGGUCUCCUUCCUCCCGAUCUCGCUGGGGCUCCACCGGCCUCCGGACCCGACGUUCGUCAAGGACGACUCGGACUCGUCCCUCCACCCGACGUGCGCCCUGGACCUGACGCCCACCUACGCCAUCGUCUCCUCCUGCAUCUCCUUCUACGUGCCGUGCAUCGUCAUGCUCGGCAUCUACUGCCGCCUCUACUGCUACGCCCAGAAGCACGUCAAGAACAUCCGGGCCGUCACGCGGCCGCUCACCAACACCCCGCCGCUCGCGCCGCACCCGCCCGUCCACCACGCGUCGUCGCCGUACCACGUCUCCGAUCACAAGGCGGCCAUCACUGUUGGUGUUAUCAUGGGCACGUUUCUCUUCUGCUGGGUGCCAUUCUUCUGUAUCAAUAUUGUUGUGUCCUUCUGCAAGACUUGUAUUCCAGGGAUCUACUUCAAGGUGCUGACCUGGCUAGGUUACUCGAACUCGGCGUUCAACCCGAUCAUCUACUCGAUCUUCAACACGGAGUUCCGGGACGCCUUCCGGCGGAUCCUGACGACCCACUACCGGCCGUACUGCUGCUGCAAGGGCUACCGCUCGGUGGACGGCUACGAGGCCCGGCGGGCCCAGCGCCAGUCGGACGGCUCCAUCAUCCACACGGGGACGGAGCGCGGGGGCGGACCGCACCCCCUCCCCCACCCACACCCGCCCGAGCACGGGAAGCAUAACGGCAAGUCCGUCUCGCCGCGCUCCUCCAUCGCCUCCCUCCGGCAGAACCGCAUCAACUCCAACGACACCGACUGCAAGGUCCUCGCCCUCGGCCCCGAGACCGAGCAGACCAGCAUAAUAUGACUAGUCCAGCUCAAGUUUCAGCCCGAGCAGCUCGUCUGAACCGCGGGCCUAGGCAUACGUAAAUUUUAAAAGUAUAGAUUUGGACCGGUUGGACAGAACUGGAAAUUUUGGAUGGUUUAAUCGACUUCGAAUACCAUUUUGGACACAUUUGGUUAUUUUAAUCGAAUUUGAAUCUUAUUUUGGACAAAUUUUGAUACUCUGGAGUCUGGACACUUGACCCAAAUGAAUAUGAAUGACUAGUCCAGCUCAAGUUUCAGCCCGAGCGGCUCGUCUGAACUACGGGCCUAGGCAUGCGUGAAUUUAAAAAAAAAUAGAUUUUGACCAGUUGGACAGAACUGGACAUUUUGGAUGUUUUAAUCGACUUCAAAUGCCCAUUUUGGACAAAUUUUGAUACUUCGUUCAACACUGGAAAAAUAACGCAUUGGAUCUAGA